UAAAUUAUUACUUAUGUUUUGGUACAAGUAUUCGAUUUUACAAUUCCUGAUGUCUUCCUGUCGGCCAUAAUAGUUUCUUUCGAUUGUCAGACUUAGCUGAUAGAAAUCACAAGAUGCAGUUGCACAUUCGAGGACAGUCUACGCACGUUCUUGACGUCGAUGGACAGGAAUCCAUUGGCCAAAUUAAGGAUCGUCUUCGCGCCCUUUCUGACAUUGGUAAUGAUGAGUUAACUUUGUCAGUAUCUGGAGCGCCUCUUGAAGAUGACCUUCUGGUAUCUGAGCUAGCAUCAACAGAAUUAGACCUUACUGUGCCAUUACUUGGUGGUAAAGUACACGGUUCUCUGGCUCGUGCUGGUAAGGUCAAGGGACAAACACCAAAGGUUGAAAAGCAGCAAAAGAAGAAGAAGAAGACAGGCCGUGCCAAGCGCAGGAUCCAGUACAACAGGAGAUUUGUGAAUGUUGUCCAGACCUUCGGCCGCCGUCGUGGACCCAACUCUAAUUCUUAGAUUUUUGUUUACUAAUAUGCUGCAAAUAUAACAUCUUUUUCCCAAA